GAGAGCUGUGAUUGGUUACAGCUCGUCACAUGGUACAAGGCUGUUGUGAACAGCCUUGUACCAUGUGACCUCUGUGAUCACUCACAGAUUUUACAAGUAGUAAGCAAUGAUGUCAGCAAGUGACAUCUUGCUUACUACUAUUCAUGUGAUCACUGAUUGGACAAUCAGUGAUCACAUGAUUGGGACCUCACACAGAGGUUCUGUACAGCGAUCGGUGUUCUGCUGUGUCUGGAGGACACAGCAGGCAUUGGAUCGCGGUGCUGCGCGCCCCCAGGGAGCACGCACAGCCUGUAAAUGUGGGCGCCGUUUAUGA